AUGUCGCUACAACUUCGUAUAAGCAGUUCUCAGGAAAAGCGACCUGCUUUUCGAGGCAACUCGCGUCGCUUGCUUCGAUUAAGCGACGUUCCAGAAUCGCCUGCGACGCUUGGAGCGAGUUGCGAAGCGGUCGAAACGGACGGCCGUGCAUGUCGUGUGGGGCUUCCCUCUGGAGCGAGCGAUCCGUGGUGCGACAAACACCAUGAUGAAUGGAGGGAAUUGAACGAAAAAUGGAGUAAGACACAGAAAGAAGCGGAAAGAAUCGUGGUGCUUAGCCUGGACGUUGCGAAGCAAAAGGUUUUGAAGUUGCGCCAGUCCGUGGACCUUAGGCGACAGAUUCGGGACCGCUUCUACCCUGGUGGUGGGGAUAUCCAAGACUACAUCAAAUGGCUCGCGAAGCUGGAAGGCGACGUCCGACAGCUUGCAGACUCUUUGCUAAGUAAACGCUACGAAUCAAUAAAGUUCGAACGUGGCCUAAUAUCUAGGACAGUGCAAAACUUGCAGCGUGGACCAACCCCAGAAACCCCCGGAGUGCACACUGGCACUCCUCAUCCUGACAGGGUCAGUCUAGGCGAAACGAUUACAAUCCUUCGAUCACCACUGGACCCCAGGAUACCUAUCGACUCUCUUCAAGGCAUGCCGGAUGAUGGCACCAUUCUUGUUCUCAAACACUUCUAUCAGGAUCUUUGCGCGGACAGCGUUCGACGACUGUACAGUAUAGUACCAGACUUGGACGACUCGCGCAAGCAAGCCAGCUCUCCUGAUCAAAAAGAGCAGACCCCACCUGACAACGGCACCGACAUCAUUCGCGCCUGGUUUCGCAUCAUGGUUCUGAACGAUAGUGAAGCUUCCGCUCUCGAACAUGCGACCAGGUCGAAGAGUAUCCACGACUUCUUAACAGGAUGCUCAGCCAGUCAAUUGGAAGAGUACUGCGACUAUUUUGAGAAAGCCUGGCGCCCGAACGCUGUACAGUAUCUUCGUGUAGCAAUUUGCGCUCAGACUCUGGCCGGUGGGGACAUCAAGACUAUACAGCUGCUUGGCGGUACUAUUCCAAGUACGACCGAAGGACUAAGAAUGACCAAGCCGUGCUGGGACAUACUCUACCGUUGGUUCCCUACACUGCUCACACCAUGGUCGCUUGCCAGCAUCUGCUCCAACUUCGAAGACUACACAACCAUCUGCAAGCUGCUGAUGCUGAGGCUAUACAAUGACCACUGGUACGAUCCGGCCAGUAUACUUAGCGAAUGCUCAACCGGCGUCUACAUGGGCUUCAUACCAACUACGAAAGGAGACUUCACUGCCAGUGCAGGUCUCCGACAAGAAGGUCAUCUAUGGGUUCAACGACAGUCGCGCAACUACCUGUGUGGACAAAUGGCAAUUGGUGACCCUCUGACACAGGCGUUUCUUGACGAGCUUCGGAAACGAACCUCGACACUCUACUUGGUCGUCUACGAGGGCACACACGCGGAUGCUACUGUGCACCCAACUGAACCCGAUCUAUUCAUCAGUCGCCAUCGCUCAGCAAUGACUCUUGACGAGCUUGAGAAGGCCGACUACAGCACCACGUUAACGCUAGAAGAGAUCAAAAACCACCUGCGAAUGAGGAAGACGACGAUGUAUGACCCGAUAGUAGUCGACUCCUGGCAGUUCAUAAUCAUUGAUCGCGAGGUUGGACUGCCUUUCCGACUGAUCGAUAUUGUGCAGGACACACUUAUGAUGCUCAUUGGUGAUCCCUCACCCAGACAAAUGGCAAAACGUGUCAUUCGCGAGAUCAUACCUCCUUCUGUUCAGGAAAUCUUCUUGGAAGAGAUCCACAUCGACUGUACGCCCGAACUGCGCUAUCCACCACCAGCCGAAGUACAACAUGAAGGUAACAGGUGGAGAUGCUUUGAUCCAGAUCCUAAAAUUCUUGCUACAAAACAAAAAAGGAUGACACAACAACAAAUGACACGCGAUGACAAUCGUUUCAUCAGACGCGUCAUUGAGGACAUGGAGCGAUAUGGCAUCGUCACCCUCACAACAGAGUAUGAAGAGCCACAGACCCGACCGAUCAUUGUUCAGGCUUCUGAUGGUGCUCCGGAUCUCUACUUUCCCUAUGAGAGUGGUGUCACGGUAUCCGAAAGCGGCCGUUCCUUAUCACUUCCUCUGCCACCACCCAGUUGUCUCCGAGACUUUGCAGAGAAGUACAAGCAAAAGCAUCCAAAUGCCAUCAUGGCAAAAGGCUCAAUACAGACUCAUUACUGUGCAUGGCCAAUGCCUGCCAUUAAGAGCUUAGGGAAAAGCGGUCUCAACUUCGCCACAUGGGAAGGCCAUGUGUACCGCUGGAACGCUAUGCCAUUCGAUCGCCCCUCUUCCGCAAACGCAUGGCAAUAUUACAUCCAACACUUCCUCAACUCCAAAUACCCAUUCGUCAUGUUCUACCUUACCACAUUCGUCAUUUGCGCCACAGACCAAGAAGAUGGCGAGCGCAAAGCUGCGACUAUACUCGAAGAGAUGGAAGAUAGAGGCUGGAGAGUUACAUUAUCGAAGACGCCUGAGUGGAUGAGCGACAUCGAUGAGUUGAGGCUCGAGAAGCUGUUUAAUGGUGUUCCACCUGCCUAA